AUGCCUAUCCGUCUCCCCACCACAAGCCUCCGCACAGCUGGCCAAGCUGUCCGAGGUGCCCGCCCCGCGAGUGUCGUGGGUGGCAUUACUUUUGCGCGAGGCAAGGCCACACUUCCUGACCUGUCGUAUGACUACGGCGCCCUCGAGCCCUUUAUCUCGGGCAAGAUCAUGGAGCUCCACCACAAGGGCCACCACCAAACCUACGUCAAUGGCCUCAACAGUGCCCUCGAGGCCAUCGCCGAUGCCAAGGCCAAGGGUAACGACAUGCAAGCCGCGGCCGUAGCACCUCUGCUCAACUUCCACGGCGGUGGCCACACAAACCACACACUCUUCUGGGAGAACCUGGCACCGAACAACAAGGGCGGCGGCGGCGAGCCCGAGGGCAGCCUCAAGGGCGCCAUUGAGAAGGACUUCGGCUCCUUCGCCACCCUCAAGAAGCAGGUCAACACGGCCUUGGCCGGUAUCCAGGGCAGUGGCUGGGUAUGGUUGGCGCUGGACAAGACGGCCGGCACGCUGCAGGUCAUCACCCGCCCGAACCAGGACCCGGUUAUUGGCAACAUGAUACCCUUGCUGGGUAUUGAUGCCUGGGAGCAUGCUUACUAUCUGCAGUACCAGAACCGCAAGGCCGAGUACUUUGAGAACAUCUGGAAUGUGGUCAACUGGAAAACUGUGGCCAAGAGAUUGGAGAAGGCCGCAUAG